AAAAGAGUACCAUAGUGAGCUAGCUCGUUUCAAGUGACAUCGAUAUGGCGCACCCUGUAAUCUUCAUCUUUGUUGUCUGCAUGUACGUGUGCGUCGUGCAUGCUCAAUGCCCGGACCAGACUGAUGCGUGGACGCUUCUGCAACGUCGACAAUCCAAAAGAUAUUUUCUUGUGAAGACUACAUCAGUAAACCUGGGUGAAUGUAGUUAUUUGAAACCCGGCAAUGUUGAUCAAGCAAGCAAAAGCGCUUCUUUUUCAUUCGGGUUACGCGAUGGCAAGUCGCUGACGAAGCAAAGUGCAAAGGUUAAAGCGCAAGGAAAGGAGCUUGUUGUUACUGGAGGUAGCCAGGGGGCAUUGACAGUUCUUUUCUCUGACUACGGAUCCUGUGACGUGCUCCGUGGACCAGCUGGAGAUUGCGAACUGUGGGCUGACGAGGCUGUCGUUCGAAGCAACUCGCUCGGCUGCUGCGAUACCAAGUUCCAAGCUUGCGCAAAAAGCAACAAAGUACGCCACACCUACCAAGAAAAUUGUCCUCGUGUGUAGUUCGCCUGGAGCCCGCGUGCAAAACAGCGAUGACAAUGAACAUGGAACCAGAGGCACCACUGUAUUGUCUUGUUUUCACAUAAAUGUCGGAAUAAAAAAUGGCACGAUUAACAACAAU